AUGAGUGUCCACACAGGAGACAAACAAUUACUUUGUGAAAUUUGUGGACAAAGAUUUAGUCAGAAGCCAAAUCUAAUGUCACACAUUAGAGGGCACACAGGAGACAAACCAUUUCCUUGUGAUCUUUGUGGACAAAGAUUUAUUUUUAAGUCACUUUUUGACAGACACAUGAGAGUCCACACAGGAGACAAACCGUUUCCUUGUGAUCUUUGUGGACAAAGAUUUAGUCAUAAAGCAACUUUAAACGAACACAUAAGAGUCCACACUGGAGACAAACCAUUUCCUUGUGAACUUUGUGGACAAAAAUUUAGUCGGAAGACAAAUUUAAAAUCACACAUGAGAGUCCACACAGGAAACAAACGGUUUCCUUGUGAACUUUGUGGACAAAGAUUUAGUCAGAAGGGAAAUUUGAACACACAUAUGAGAAUCCAUACAGGAGACAAACCGUUUCCUUGUGAACUUUGUGGACAAAGAUUUAGUCUGAAGAACACUUUAAACACACACAUGAGAGUCCACACUGGAGACAAACCAUUUCUUUGUGAUCUUUGUGGACAAAGAUUUAGUCAGGAGUCACAUUUAAACACACACACAAAAAUCCACACAGGAGACAAACCAUUUCCUUGUGAUCUUUGUGGACAAAGAUUUAGUGUGAAGGACACUUUAAACUCACACAUGAAAGUCCACACUGGAGACAAACCGUUUCGUUGUGAUUUUUGUGGACAAAGAUUUAGUCGAAAAACACAUUUAAACUCGCAUAUAAUAGUACACACAGGAGACAAACGGUUUCUUUGUGAUCUUUGUGGACAACGAUUUAGUCACAAGACAUCUUUAAACUCACACAUGAGAGUUCACACAGGAGACAAACCGUUUCCUUGUGAGUUCUGUGGACAAACAUUUAGUCAUAAGUCAACUCUAAAUACACACAUGAGAGUCCACACUGGAGACAAACCAUUUCCUUGUGAACUUUGUGGACAAAGAUUUAGUGUGAAGCAUGCUUUAAACUCGCACAUGAGAGUCCACACAGGA